UCUAUGAGUACAUACAAAGCAUCUGUCUCUUUCAACAACACAUCGAAUCCGAAAUCAAAUACUUGACACAUCAGAAAAAUGGCAAUGAGAGGAAGGGGUGGUCCUAAUCCCAACCGUCCACCGGAAAAUGCAGCACUUCCGGCUGAAGCUUCUUGUUCCGGAACCAAAUCGGGGAAAGCAAAUAUAAAGGGAGUAUCAAUGAUAGAGUUAUUUACCCCAAAGCAGGUUCGGGAGCAUAUCUCUGGUCUCAGGCAGUGGGUUGGCCAGAGCAAAGCAAAAGUAGAAAAGAAUCAAGCUCUGGAACACUCGAUGAGCGAGAAUUCAUGUCAACUAUGUGCAGUUGAAAAGCUCACUUUUGAACCACCACCUAUAUAUUGUACACCUUGUGGUGCUCGUAUUAAAAGAUAUGCAAUGUUUUACACUGUUGGCGCUGGUGAUACCCGUCACUACUUCUGUAUCCUUUGCUACAAUGAAUCCCGUGGAGACGCUAUUAACGUUGCCGGAACUAAUAUAUUGAAAGCUAGAUUAGAGAAAAAGAAAAACGAUGAGGAAACUGAAGAAUGGUGGGUUCAAUGUGACAAGUGUGAAGCAUGGCAACAUCAAAUAUGUGCGUUGUUUAAUGAUAGAAGAAAUGACGGUGGACAAGCAGAAUACACGUGUCCAAAUUGUUAUGUAGAAGAAGUUGAAAGAGGAGAGAGAAGUCCCUUACCGGAGAGUGCUGUACUCGGAGCAAAAGAUUUACCGAGAACCAUUCUUAGUGAUCAUAUCGAGAGCAGGUUGUUUGCAAAACUGAAACAAGAGAGACUAGAGCGAGCUAGGGUCCAUGGUAAAAGUUAUGACGAGGUUCCAGGAGCGGAAUCACUUGUUGUCAGAGUUGUAUCAUCCGUGGACAAGAAAUUGGAAGUCAAACCGCGAUUUCUUGAGAUCUUUCAAGAUGAAAAUUACCCUGCUGAAUUUGAAUACAAGUCUAAGGUAGUUUUAUUGUUUCAGAAAAUCGAAGGAGUUGAAGUAUGUCUUUUCAGGAUGUAUGUUCAAGAAUUUGGAUCAGAGUGUGAGCAGCCAAAUCAUCGCCGUGUGUAUCUUUCAUAUUUGGAUUCAGUCAAGUACUUUAGGCCCGAGAUUAGGGCGGUCACAGAGGAGGCUCUCCGUACAUUUGUAUAUCAUGAAAUUCUGAUAGGUUACCUAGAAUAUUGCAAAUUACGCGGUUUCACAAGUUGCUAUAUAUGGGCUUGCCCUCCAUUAAAGGGUGAAGAUUAUAUAUUGUAUUGUCAUCCCGAAAUUCAGAAGACACCAAAAUCUGAUAAACUAAGAGAAUGGUAUUUGUCGAUGUUGAGGAAGGCUUCGAAGGAAAAUAUUGUAGUUGGUCUUACUAAUCUGUAUGAUCGUUUUUUUGUAUCUACUGGUGAAUGUAAAGCUAAGGUAACCGCAGCUCGAUUACCCUACUUUGACGGAGACUAUUGGCCAGGUGCCGCUGAAGAUAUGAUUCAUCAGAUUCGUCAAGAAGAUCUGCUACUGAUGCCUCGGCUUGGUGAUUCAAUUUCUCCAAUGAAGGAAGAUUUCAUUAUGGUUCAUUUGCAGCAUGCGUGCACUCAUUGCUGUAUUCUUAUGGUAUCUGGAAAUCGUUGGGUCUGCAAUCAGUGCAAAAAGUUUCAGAUCUGUGAUAGUUGUUAUGAAGUUGAACAAAAACUCGAGGAUAGGGAGAGGCAUCCUAUCAAUCAUAGGGAGAAACAUCCGCUUUAUCCAAUUGAAAUUAACGAUGUCCCGGAAGAUACCAAAGAUAAAGACGAGAUUCUCGAGAGUGAAUUUUUCGACACACGUCAGGCUUUUCUUAGCCUUUGUCAAGGAAACCACUAUCAAUACGAUACACUUCGUCGUGCAAAACAUUCAUCAAUGAUGGUGUUGUACCAUCUUCAUAACCCAACCACACCUGCGUUUGUGACAACGUGCAACCGAUGUCAUAACGAUAUAGAAACAGGACAAGGUUGGCGCUGCGAUGUUUGUCCCGACUAUGAUGUCUGCAAUUCCUGCUAUCACAAAGACGGAGACAUUGAUCAUCCUCAUAAGUUGACACCUCAUACCUCCAUUGCUGAGCGCGAUGCACAAAAUAAAGAAGCUCGCCAACAACGUGUUGUACAGCUUAGGAAAAUGCUUGAUCUUCUGGUACAUGUAUCUCAGUGUCGGUCCCCUGUUUGCCAGUAUCCAAACUGUAGAAAGGUAAAGGGACUUUUCCGACACGGGAUUAAUUGCAAAGUACGCGCUUCUGGUGGCUGUGUUCUUUGCAAGAAAAUGUGGUAUCUUCUUCAACUUCAUGCUCGCGCAUGUAAAGAAUCCCAAUGUCAUGUACCGCGCUGCAGAGAUCUAAAGGAACAUUUGAGAAGGCUCCAACAAAGGUCCGACAGUAGGCGGAGGGCUGCGGUAAUGGAGAUGAUGAGGCAGCGUGCGGCUGAGGUUGCUGGCGGAAGCGGAUGACAAAGUUGUAAAUAUUGUUGUUUGGUAUAGAGAAAAACACUAUGGUUGGGAAUUGUUUGUAUUGAAAACGUAUUGUAUCAAAAUUUAGGGUUACAAAGAAGGGUGUUUAUAUAGAACACCAAGUUACAUAUUUA